CCUUCUCUUCCCUGUGCUCCCCAACCUCGCUCUCCGGACCCUUGUCAUUCUUUUCGAGUCGAGGCCAUGGCCAAACCACUCCUUAUCGCCGCCGUGAUCUCCAGCUUGGCGGCUCGCUCGCUGGCUGCUGUCGUAACAUGCAAUAAUGAAAUCGUCAAUGCCUUUUCCAAUCCGUCCUUUGAGACCGGCGAUGCCUCGGAUUGGACUGCCUGGAUAGCCGCUGCAACGCCCAGGUCUAUGGGUCAGGUCCUUUCCGGAGAGGCAUCCGAGGGCGAAUACUACCUAUCGAUGAACCCAGACCCCUAUCAUUAUACCUAUAUUGAACAGUCCAUCACCGGACUCGAGCCGGGACAGAGUUACACCCUCUCGGUGGACUACAAACUCAGCGCUCUCGCCAGUAGUAUUCCUAGCCUCUACAACCAGUGUUAUCUGGGCUGGAUGCUCGACGGAUGGAGCAGCUUUUAUGACCGAAUCACUCUCGCGGCCGCCGUCGGGGGCGCUGACCCGGCCUGGAGCACGUAUUCCAUUCCCUUCACGUCGACUACUUCGUCACACACGAUGAUGCUUGUGUUCUCUUGCAAUGAUUAUACCACUUACACCUUUGAUUUCGACAAUAUCCUCUUGCCGUUAUCCACUCAGCAGGUGUGCACCACCUCGACCCCGGUGGUUACCCCGACCCCCAGUUCGGUCGCGAUUUCAACGCUCAGUACGACUCCCACCCCUCUGGUCAGCGCGUCCUCGUCGUCGGUGAUGGCUUCAUCGGUGGUAGCUUCAUCUUCUGCCGUAUCCAGUCCUAGCAGCGUCCCUCCUGCAUCAUCUCCGGCAGUCCCAACCAGCAUCCCGGUCGCAAGCCCGCUCACACCCUCGCCUGCUUCGCCUUCGACUCGUGCGACCUCGGGAGCACCGAGCUCGAGUGUGGCCGUGUCAGCUCCGAUUUCGUUGUCUCAGUCGGCGGUCUCUUCCCGGUCCAGCGCUUCAGUUCCAGCAAUCAGCCCCGUAGCAUCCCUAUCCCCUAAAACGACUACACGUUCACUCGGCCAGUCAUCAGCACCCAGCGUCACCCCAUCAUCUGUCCGCACAUUCGCUACCUCUCGCUCGCAGCCAGGUAGACUGCCGUCGAGUGUACCGGUCAUUGGCUCCUCUCAAGCUGGCCCCCAUGGAAUGCCCACUCCCGCAACGGGCAGUGCAGGUCAAACCAGCCCUCAGUCGGGGCCGACAGGUGCCGGAGCCCUGACGACAUCCACGAUCCUCACUACACGGACCGCAACAGUGACGGCCUGUCCGUCCGACAUUCCCGACUGCCCAGCCAGCCAACGCACGACCUCCUUGACUACCGAGACCGUGGUUAUUGGGACCACCGUCUGUCCUAUCACAGUUCCUGCUGGUCGACCGACCGGAGCUGCUGGAUCGACUACUGGAGAGAAUUCCGGUCCAGGACAAGGGGGCGAUCUCCUGACUACCUCCACCGUAUUCACCACCAGGACCUCAACCAUCCUGGCCUGUCCGUCGACGGUGCGCGACUGCCCGGCUUCUGCACGCAGCACGUAUGUGGUGACCGAAACGCUGGUCGACUAUACCACCGUAUGCCCGAUCACGGCCACUCAGACCGCGGUGUCGCGGACGACCACCAGCCAGGAGGCCGCUAUGACUGGAUCGAAUAGCCGCGGCCACGCCACUACCUCCGGCGCUGCUCCUGCGGUGACGGAGCCGGCCGCCCAGGACUCUGAGGUCGUAUCUACCAUUUACUACACGACCACUGUCACGGUUGACUGUCCAGUUUGAUCAGACUGAACAGAAAGCUACCGUUCUGAUAUCCGCGUUGACUCGGUCGGAUGAUGACCUUCUUGGUCUUACAUAGAAUGGCAGGUAAACCUAUCACACGUUGUACAUAAGCAUCUUCUUCUAUCCAGCUGUUCUGUCCUCAAGUAACCUAUGUGUGAGUAUGCUAGUAUGCGUUGACAAAGAGUACAUGCGCUGGCUUGAACGUGUAGUCAGUGCUCUUUAGUUAGCACUGACUGAAAUGUCAUAUAGCUAGUGAUGACCAUCAUCA